CACACCCCGCCCGGACCUACCCAGACGUAUUCACACCCCGUACCUGGACCUACCGAAACCUACCCGGACCUACCCAAACCUACCCACACCUACCAGACGUAUUCACACCCCGUACCCGGACCUACCCAAACCUACCCGGACCUACCCAGACGUAUUCACACCCCGUACCCAGACCUACCCGGACCUACCCAGACGUAUUCACACCCCGUACCCGGACCUACCCACACCUACCCACACCUACCCAGACGUAUUCACACUCCGUACCCAGACCUACCCGGACCUACCCAGACGUAUUCACACCCCGUACCCGGACCUACCCAAACCUACACACCUACCCAGACGUAUUCACACUCCGUACCCGGACCUACCCGGACCUACCCAGACGUAUUCACACCCCGUACCCGGACCUACCCACACCUACCCAGACGUAUUCACACCCCGUACCCGGACCUACCCGGACGUAUUCACACCCCAUACCCAGACCUACCCGGACCUACCCAAACCUACCCGGACCUACCCAGACGUAUUCACACCCCGUACCGGGACCUACCCGGACCUACCCAGACGUAUUCACACCCCGCACCCAGACCUACCCGGACCUACCCAAACCUACCCGGACCUACCCAGACGUAUUCACACCCCAUACCCAGACCUACCCGGACCUACCCAAACCUACCCGGACCUACCCAAACCUACCCGGACCUACCCAGA